GGCCUUACAGGAAAUUAACCACGAAAUCAGCCUAGAACUAGCCCAAGAGGAAAUUCCUCCUAAAAAAUCCUCUCUGCCCCGUGAUGCCAAAGGAAGGUUUAUAAAAAAAGUCGUUGCGGUUAUGGUAAACGCUCAAAAAUGGUUGGAUAAGAAAUAUCCGAAUAAAGAUAAAAUUGAAAAAAUUAACGGAGAUAGGGAAUUAUUAACGGGCAAACUAAUUAUUGCCGAUUUUCCCCAAAAAAAACAUUUUCCGGAAAUGGACCUAAUUGACAUUUCCGACCUUGACGACCUAGCCGCCCGAGUAGACAAAAAAACCGCCUGCGACAAGGAAUUUUUAAAGCAAAUUUGCCCGCUCGAACCCGAGAAAUUCAUUAAACAAAAAAAAGGAAAUUUUUACUGA